UAGGAUUUCAGGUGCAGAUUCCCCUACCUUUUCAACACACCACACUAGGAAUGAGGUCGAGGAGGGGAGAGUCAGAGACUUGAAAGAAAGAAAGUUUGUUCAAGACCUAGAAAGUACAGAGAUGAUUUCUAUUUGUUCUGGUUGAUUGAAGAACAAGCAGCAAAGAAGAGAGGAACAUAUAUGUUCUAUGCUACCCAGUUGGAUUUAAUUUAAGUCCUCAUUUGACUCCCUGCUACAGCAAGAAAGUACGACAAACGUGCAGCCAUGGACCUCGGUGGUUUGGAGACGGUGGUGGCAAACUCUGCCUAUGUUUCAGCCCGUGGUAGUAUGGAUGGAUCAUCAGCAGCAGCCAUGCGUGACAAGAAGAUGCGGGCCAGGCUGAAGCUCCCACACAUCAGAGAUUGUGAACACAUGAAAACAUCUGUAGACACAACCUUUGACAACAUGUGUAUCAAACAGCCCAUUGGCAAGCGCCUGUUCCAACAGUUUCUGGAGAGUGAUGCAACCUAUAAAAAUGCUGGAGAGCUGUGGAAAGACAUUGAAGACUACACCAUGUGUCAAGAAAAGGAGAGAGAGCAGAAGGCCCAAAAAAUUGUCAAUAAAUACUAUAAGUCCGCUUCAAAGAAUUUUUGCAGCUUCUUGGAAGAGAAGGCUGUCACUCGAGUUGUUGAAGACUUCAAGCAUGUCCGUGGUGACCUGUUUAAAGAGAGCGAGAAGCAGCUGCUCAAACACCUGGAGAAGGCCACAGAUGGCUUUAAGAACAGCAUGUACUUCCUGCGUUAUGUUCAGUUCAAAUGGCUGGAGAGCCAGCCUGUUGAUGAGGAGUGGUUCAAUGACUUCAGGGUCCUGGGUAAAGGAGGUUUUGGGGAAGUGUUUGCUUGUCAGGCUAAAGCAACAGGAAAAAUGUAUGCCAACAAGAAGCUGGAGAAAAAGAGGCUGAAGAAACGCAAAGGCUACGAGGGAGCAAUUGUGGAAAAGCGCAUUCUUGCAAAGGUUCACAGCCGCUUCAUUGUGUCACUGGCUUACGCCUUCCAGACCAAGACUGACCUCUGCCUAAUCAUGACCAUCAUGAAUGGUGGAGACCUCAGGUUUCAUAUGUAUAAUGUGGAUGAAAAGAAUCCUGGUUUUGAUGAGAAGAGAGCAUGUUUCUAUACAGCUCAGAUCAUCUGUGGGGUGGAGCACCUUCACCAAAACAGGAUAAUCUACAGAGACCUGAAACCAGAGAACGUGCUGCUGGAUGAUGCAGGACACGUCCGCCUGUCAGAUAUGGGUCUGGCUGUUGAACUUCCGUCAGGAAAAGACAAAACUACUGGAUAUGCAGGAACUCCAGGUUUCAUGGCUCCAGAGCUGCUCGAGAAGAAGGAGUAUGACUACACGGUGGACUAUUUCACACUGGGGGUCACCCUGUAUGAGAUGAUUGCUGCCAAAGGGCCCUUUCGAGUACGAGGAGAAAAGGUUGAGAAUACCGAGGUAGCUCGCAGAAUCUUGAACGAUCCAGUUUCAUAUACACCAGCCUUCAGCAAAGAGUCCAAAGAUAUCUGUGAAGGCCUGAUGCACAAGGACCCUGCGAAACGCCUCGGGUUCAAAAAUAACGAGUGUGAGGAGCUCAAGAACCAGCCCUUCUUCAAAGACAUUAACUGGGGCCGUCUGCAAUCAGGUUUGCUACCUCCACCAUUUGUCCCUAGUGCUACGACGGUCUAUGCCAAAGAUAUUGGUGAUGUGGGCGCCUUCAGCACAAUCAAAGGUGUGGUCCUGGAUAACAAGGACACUGAGUUCUACAAUGACUUUGCUUCUGGCAACAUCCCGAUCCCAUGGCAGGAAGAGAUGAUUGAGACGGGUGUGUUUGGAGAGCUGAAUAUCUGGGGAGAGAACGGAAAGCUGCCCAAUGACCUCGACCCAAACUACGUGGAAACCAAAGGUGGAGGAUGUGUGCUCCUGUGAGCUGCAACAAAUGGAAUAUGGAGUAUUUAUUGACAUUAAAGACAUUUAGAUUCAGUUUGUGCUCAUUUGGUGCCACCUAAUCCUAAUCUGUAUUAUCUGUAAUUUCUAUAAUAUUAUGUUAUUGUUGUAAUGAAUCAAUAUUAUUUGUGUAUUUCCGUAUUAAGGUAUUAUUAUUAUUAUUAUUAUUAUUAUUAUUAUGUACCUAUAUUGUAAUGUUUAUAGUGCUGACGUAAAACGAACAGCAUGGUCAAACAUCACAUAAUAUUAUGUAAUACAAAAUGUAAAUAUGGUUACACUAAUAAUGACUGCUAUAAUCUUACCCCAUAUGCCAAUAAUUUUGUUUAGUAGCCCACCUUAAUUACAGACAAAUUAAUUAAAUUAUUUCUUUUUUAGAAGCUACAUGUAAUGUUUAUAUACCAUACAUUAUUUGUACCAAAGAAAAGCCACUGUUUUGACAUUGUAACAUCAUGUAAUUAUUAUUGAUUUAUUAUAUAUAACAAAUGUAUAGUCACGUCAUUAUUAUGGCAGACAGAAGACUCAAUAGAAAUCAAUAAAAUCUCGUACAGAACAAA